AUGGUCGAAAGUGGUUGUUUUCAAGGGAGUUAUACUGUUUUUCAGAAACUGAUUUCACUGUGGAGUUCUACAAGUGAGGAGACUUGCAGGGUGCUGUCGUUUCUGUCCAUUAACAAGUUGGUGAGGCUGUUGCAGAAUGCACUGCUGGAGCCCACACUCAAGCAAAUGUACAUGGCGUACGUCCAGAACUGUAAGUUCACAUCACCCUCCACACUGCCGAUGAUCAACUUCAUGCAGCGCUCCCUGGUGGAGAUGUUUGCCAUUGAUGUCAGGCUGACCUAUCAGUAUGCUUUCAUCUAUAUCCGCCAACUGGCUAUUCAUCUGAGAAAUGCCAUUACAGUAAAGAAAAAGGAUACGUGCCAAGCAGUAUAUAACUGGCAGUAUGUUCACUGUCUCUACCUCUGGGCAAGGUUACUGAGUACAGUCUAUCCCAGCGACACCCUGGAACCACUGAUAUAUCCACUCACCCAGACCAUUAUUGGUACCAUUAAAUUGAUACCUACAGCCAAGUACUACCCACUGCGUUUCCACUGUAUAAAAACCUUGAACAUGCUGAGCAAGGCCACCAAUACCUUCAUACCAGUGCUGCCAUUUAUACUAGAGGUGUUGGAGCAGACAGACUUUAACAAGAAGCACUCCAAGGCCAGUUUCAGGCCCUUGAACUUUGCAUGUAUUCUGAAGGUAUCCAAAGCUCAGCUGCAGGAAAAGACAUUUAAGGACGGGUUGAUAGACCAGGUGUAUGAGCUGUUGCUGGAGACAUUCAAUAUCCAUGCACAUACUAUUGGUUUUCCUGAGUUGGUUUUACCAGCUGUUAUGCAGUUAAAGGAGUCAUUAAAGAAGUGCAAAGUUGCUAAUUACUGUCGUCAGCUGAAGCAGGUUUUGGAAAAAGUGAAUGAGACAAGCAAAGUGAUUGGUCAGAGGAGGAAAGAGGCAACCUUUGACCUCAAAGACCCUAAAUCUGUGGAUGCUUGGGACAGGAAAAGCAAGGAAGAAGGCACUCCACUUGGGAAAUUCUACACUCAGUGGCGAAAACUGAGGGACACAGAGCUGCAGCAUGAGAUAGCUGGAAAAGAAAGAAUAUCUACAGACAAGUUGCCAGAGGUGGUCCGACAAAGAGGUCCUCAGAAGGCAACAGCAGAUGAAAGAAAGGAGUUUUCUGCACUGUUUGAUUCCGAGAGUGAGGAGUCCAUGGAUGAUGAGACAAGAUUUCAGCCAAAAAAUGAACGGAAGAAGAAAGAGAAAGAAGCAACUAAAGGAGAGCCUGAUUCUGAUGAAGACUAUAAUGAUUUUGACUCUGAUGAGCUGGAGCAGCUGGCUGGUGAUGCCAGUGAGGAGGACCCUGAGGAGGAGGAGGAGUCGGGAGAUAAUGAAGAGGAGGAGGGAGGUGAGGAGAUGGAGUCUGAAAACAAUGGGGAUGAGGAAGAAGAGGAGCAGGAUGCAGCUGAUGUCGUGGAAGACUUUGAACUGUCAGAUGAUUCCAGUGACUGAUGUUUGUCCUAAACAGUUGAAAGAGAAUGAGAGGACAUUCAUAGUCAGUAGAAAACCGGUUUCUUGGAUAAUGGAGCCUGUAAAGAUAUUCUACCACAAUACGUUGAACUUUAAAGGGAUAAUAACUCUUCGUAUGAGAUCUAUAUUUCACAAUAAAAAUAUUGUGAACAACUCAU